AUGUCGGGCGGGCAUUUGUCCAAGGAGUUCUUCGAACUGGUCAAGUCAAUCGGAGAGAGCAAGUCAAAGCAGGAGGAGGACCGCAUUAUUAUUCAUGAGGUAGCAAUGCUAAAGCGUAAGCUCAGCGAAGUCACGGCCACUUCCAGCACGUCGAGUAGUCUCGUUAAUAAGCGAAAGCGCGAGUUUCUCAUUCGCCUCAUGUACGUUGAGAUGCUUGGUCAUGAUGCGUCGUUCGGAUACAUAAAGGCUGUGGAAAUGACAGCUAGCACCAACCUUAUGCAAAAGCGCGUCGGCUAUCUCACAUGCAGUCUCUGUUUGUCGCCCACACACGAGUUUCGCUUUAUGAUUAUAAACCAGCUCCAACGCGACUUGCAGAGCUCAAACCACCUCGAAGUCUGUGCUGCAUUAAUGGCAGUCUGUAAACUUGUGACCGUGGAAAUGGUGCCAGCUGUGCAGCCUAUGAUCCUUGAUCUGUUGCGUCACGACGCUGAGCUUGUUCGGAAGAAAGCUGUGAUGGCCAUUCACCGCUUCCAUCAACUAAAUCCGGACUCGGUGAAAGAGACAGGAGACGCGUUGCGUCGUACGCUAUGUGACCGUGAUCCCAGUGUCAUGGGCGCCACGUUGUGCAUUUUGCAUGAUCUGGCUGAAGCCACCCCAACGGACUACAAGGAUCUCGUUCCCAGUUUUGUGAGCAUUCUAAAGCAAAUUACCGAGCACCGGCUGCCGCGCGAAUUUGAUUAUCAUCGCAUUCCAGCUCCGUGGAUCCAAAUCCGUCUACUGAAGAUUUUGGCCUUACUUGGACAGGCUGACCAACAGAGCAGUGAAGGAAUGUACGAAGUGCUACAUGAUGUGAUGCGUCGUGCGGACACUGGGAUUAACGUUGGCUAUGCAAUCAUCUAUGAGUGUGUCCAAACUGUGACGACAAUCUAUCCGAAUAGCACGUUGCUUGAUGCAGCGGCUGCAAGUAUUUCGCGUUUUAUCUCAAGUGACAACCAUAAUUUGAAGUACUUGGGUGUCACAGGUCUUGCCGCAAUCGUUAAGGACCAUCCUCGGUACGCUGCGGCGCACCAAAUGGCUGUGAUAGAUUGUCUAGAAGAUCCAGAUGAAACACUCAAGCGUAAGACGCUAGAUCUUUUAUAUCGCAUGACAAAUCCCGUGAAUGUUGAGUUUAUAUCAGACAAGCUCACGCAGUUUCUUCGGGAAGCAUCCGAUGUAUUUCUACGUACAGAGCUCGUAUCACGCAUUACGCAAUGUGCUGAGCGUUAUGCUCCCAGUAACGCCUGGUAUAUCCAGACUAUGACGAACGUUUUUGAGCUUGGUGGUGAUCUCGUUCGUCCCGAAGUUGCUCACAAUUUGUUGCGUUUAAUUGCUGAAGGAAGCGGUGAAGAUGAAGACCAGGAUAUGGAGCUGCGUCGAGACGCAGUGGAUACGUACCUGGAAUUACUUGAGCGCCCCGUGCUUCCAGAUAUUCUGGUUUGCACCAUGGCGUGGACCCUUGGCGAGUACGGCUACCUGUCAGAUGCAAUGGAGCUAGAUGAGAUUUGUGAGCGCCUUAUAGAACUCGUUGAUCGUCCUUUUGAUCAGGAAGACACGACGCGUGGUUACGUGCUCUCAGCUGUCACGAAGAUUACGGCCCAGAUGGGACACACGAUCGAUGUAGCGGAUGCUAUGAUGAAUAAGUAUAAAAACAGUCGCAGCACUGACCUGCAGCAGCGCUGUUUCGAGUAUCUUGCACUUACUAAAAACUUUGCCUUGAUGAAUGAAGUAUUUCCAGAAGAUGCUAGCUGCGAGGACAUUGAUGUUGAUGUUAACCUUUCCUUUCUUACCAAUUUUGUUGAAAAGGCUGCUGCUCAAGGAGCGCCGCUCUAUGAUCCACCAGAGGACUCUGACGAUGAAGACGAAAGCUACGGCCAUCGUCGCAUUGGCGGCGAGUCAAAUCGUCUAAAUUUUGAGGCAUACAAGAAACCUGAGAUCCCGUACGCGACCAAACUUCCGUUAGGAGACCAGCAGAGCGCGUUUGGAAUGAACAAAUGGGGUGGAAACGGGACUCAACUAGGUGGGGCGCCCGGAUUGGGUAGUUCAGGUGGCCCCGAUCCCACUGGAGGCUUCGGUGCUGGAAAGCGAGGAGGAGUAAAAAAUGUUUGGGGCCCUUCUGGUCUCAAUACACCUGAAAACGUCGCGCCCGGACUGACUGGAGCUGGCGCACCUGAAUCAUAUAAUCAGGGCAGUUUAGGUGGUAUGGGUAGCCAGGGUACAUUCAAUGGACAAAGUGGAUAUGGCGCACAGCCUCCCGCUUAUGGGGGCCAGGGAGCAUACAACUCUCAGCCUCCGAAGCUUCCUCCUCAACAGGAGUAUGGUGGGGCUCCCAGCUACGAUAAUGAGUCUUAUAAUGAAGAAGACGUUAAUGGGAGCGUUGAUGAGCGACAAAUACUGGCGUCUGCUAUCUUCGGUGGUAUUCCUGGUGCCCCGGCACCAAUCCCUGUUGUCCGUCGCAGUGGAUCUGGUGCUCGCGCAAAUCAGAACUCCAUUCGCCGCUCUGCUCGCCUGUCCACGCGUCGUUCAUCAGCACGCAAUGAUCAUCAGCAGCAACAACAUCAAGCACCCCAGAAUCCGUUCGGAAUGGGGUCUCCACUUGCGCCGGCGCCGACUCCUGAACCAAAAACUUUUGCCCCUCCUACAUCUCUGGACCCGUUCGAUAUGUCAGGCCUUGGCUCGAGCAUGAAUGCUAACGUCGAGCUUGGCAAGAGCCCAGCCAACAACUUGAACUUACUGGGUGGUAGCAGCGGCAAUCCUAACAUAUUUCAGUACAACGGGCGUCAGUUGGAGCCGUGGCAGAUUGCAACACAAGAUUUUGGUAGUCGCUGGGGCACGUGCCCUUGUGAAAAAAAGACAAAGGUGAAUCCGAGUGGUAUCCGCACUCUUGAAGACUUUAUGGGCCGCAUGCACCAAUUUAAUGUCCAUACUGUCGAAGCCAUUCCAGCAACUAAUGAAGCAAUUGCAGCUUGUCGUCUGGUAAAUUCGGAGCACGUCGGAUUGAUCCAUGUGAAAAUUCGAAGCGGCGGCUUUGUGGAUCUGACAGUCCGCACUGCUGAUAUGGAUUUCACCGACCAGCUCAUCGAAGCUACAGCUCGGCGCCUAAAGUAA